AUAGUCUACAAAAUCUCCGGACCCAGAAUGAUGGGAUUGUUGCUGUACUUGAGAUGCUCACUGUUCUACCAGAAGAAAUUGUUGACACCCAAAACUACUGAUUGUAAAUAAGUGCAUCCCACAGAAACCAGUAUGGACAGGAGCUUCUUUCGCAUACUCCUAUGGUUAUUGAAUUCCUACUUAAGUUAUCAGAAAAUAAGUUUGAAGGUGGUAUGCAACCAAAUGAAAGGAACAGAAAAGUUCUCCGUUGCUUACUCAGUUGGGCUCGAGCUGGGUGCUUCUCUGAGAUUGCUGAAGUUUCAUUUUCAACACAUCCACUGCUUAAUUUUGUAUUCAUUUCACUACAGGUACCCUCUUCAUUUGACUUGGCCAUUGAAGUUCUUGUUGAACUAGUGAGUCGUCAUGAGGGGCUGCCUCAAGUUUUGCUAUGCAGAGUACCAUUUCUUAAGGAAAUGCUUCUUCUACCUGCUCUUACGGGGGGAGAUGUGAAGGUGAUUGCUGGCCUUGCAUGUUUGAUGUCCGAAAUUGGGCAGGCUGCACCAUCUUUGAUUGUAGUGGCAAGUGCUGAGGCACGUGCACUGACAGAUGCUCUGUUGAGCUGUGUGGCUUUUCCCUGUGAAGACUGGGAUAUCGCGGAUUCAACUUUGCAAUUUUGGCUCUCAAUCUUCUUUCAUUUCCAGGUGGAUGAAUCUACAUUUAAUGACGAGAGUGGAACUUUUGACUUGCCAGAUGGUCUUGUCCAAUUUAGGAUGGAUCUUGUUGAACUUUUGGUGGAUAUAUGUCAAUUACUACAACCCGCUACAUUUAUACAAAAGCUUUUCUUCAGUGGUUGGUUUUCCUCAAAUGCGGCAAUACCUUGGAAAGAGGUGGAAAUCAAAUUGUUUGCUCUUAAUGUGGUUUCCGAUGUAGUCUUGCAAGGAGACCACACUUUUGAUUUCUUGGUAGACAUGCAGUUGGUUACAGUGUUGUCUUCCUGGCCUUCUGAUGAUCUCAAGGGAUUCAUGUGCAUUGUUUACAGAUCAGUGGCAGAUGUUAUUGGUUCCUAUUCCAAGUUGAUAUCUACCCUGCAAACUAAUGCUAGACCUUUACUAUUGUUUCUUGCUGCAGGGAUUUCAAAACCCCUCUCCCCAAAUUCUUGUGCAUCUGCACUACGCAAACUUUGCGAAGAUGCUUCUGCUGUGAUGUUCGAGUCAUCAAAUCUGGAUAUCUUUUUGUGGAUAGGAGAGGCUUUGGAGAAGAAGUGCCUUCCUUUGGAAGAUGAAGAAGAAGUUGUUACUGCAAUCAGCCUGGUCCUUGGUUAUGUAUAUAACAAGGAGCUGCAGAACAACUUGUUGUCUAAAUUGCUAUCAUCUAGCUAUGAAGCUAUCGGGAAACUUAUUGACGAUGAUAAUAACCAUUCUUUAAGGCAGAAUCCAGCUGCUUAUACCCAAAUUUUGGGCUGCGCAACUAGAGGGCUGCACAGGAUGGGUAUCGUCUUCAGUCAUCUGGCAAUGCCUAUGCCAUCUGAGGCUUCUACCGAUAAUCCCAUCAUUGCUGUAAUUAGGGUUUUCUGGCCUAUGCUGGAGAAGCUUUUUACAUCAGAACACAUGGAGAACAGUAGUUUAUCUACUGCAGCUUGUCGUGCCCUUUCACUAGCAAUUCAAUCCUCAGGCGAGCACUUUGAAAUUCUUCUGCCCAAAAUAUUAGAUUGCCUGUCGACGAACUUUUUGUCUUUUCAAAGUCAUGAAUGCUACAUCAAAACUGGUAAGUAUUUAGGCUUUAGUUCUGGAAGAAUUUGUGCUAGUAGGUAUUAUGCUUCGCUUGUUAUCGAAGAGUUUGGUCACAAGGAGGGGUACAGUCCUCUGUUCAUUAGCACAUUUGAACGAUUUACUCGAGCAUCUUCAGUAAUGUCCCUUAAUUCUUCAUAUGUAUGUGACCAAGAACCUGACCUAGUAGAGGCCUACACAAAUUUUGCAUCUACAUUUGUUCGUGGCUCUCAUAAGGAAGCAUUGGCUGCAUCAGGUGCUUUUCUAGAAAUCUCUUUUCAAAAGGCAGCUAUAUGCUGCACUGCUAUGCAUCGUGGGGCAGCACUUGCAGCUAUGUCGUACUUAUCUUGUUUCUUGGAAGUUGGCUUGGCUUCUUUGCUGGAAUCAAUGACCUUUUCUCCUGAAGGAUCAUUUGGUGCCACAUCAAUACAUGUUAUUUCCCAUAGUGGGGAGGGACUUGUAUCAAAUAUAGUGUAUGCUUUGCUUGGUGUCUCAGCAAUGUCACGGGUCCACAAGUGUGCAACAAUAUUGCAACAAUUGGCUGCAUUUUGCUGUUUGAGCGAGAGAACAACUUGGAAGACCAUUAUUUCUUGGGAAGUCUUGCAUUCAUGGUUACAAGCAGCGGUACAGGCUCUUCCAGCUGACUAUCUGAAGCAGGGAGAAGCUGAAACAAUGGUGCCAAUUUGGAUGGAGGCCCUUGCUGGUGCUGCCUCGGAUUAUCUCGAGAGCAAGAGCUCUAAUGGAAGAACAGGCAAUUACGGGCAUAUGCAAGGGAAAGGAGGGAGGGUGCUGAAACGAGUAAUCCGAGAGUUUGCAGAUAGCCACCGCAAUAUCCCUAAUUUCACUUGACUGCAGCAACCCCACCCAUAUAUAAAAAGGUGUCGCCAGCAGCUUUCUGAAUUAAUUGCUCGAGAAAUGUAAUUAUUCUGGUUUUCAAGGCUCAGUCAAUUUGGUACUGGGAGUUAACCAGUGAAAAGAAAAUGCUAUUGAGAAUGUGUUUCUUGUACAGCUUAUUGCCCAUUGCCUCCAUUUUUGUUCAGAUUAGGGCUUUGUGCGAGAGAGCAUAAGAAAAUGGCAAUCACAGCGUUCUACAUUCUCUUUAUUUGCGCCACAAAAUAUAUUGU